CAGGCCGAGCCGCGGGUCGUGAGCCCUCCCCCUCGGCGGAGCGGGCCGGCGGGCGCCUUUGCUGAGAGUGUGGCGGCCCCUGCCGGAGCGCCGCCGCAGAGCCACGCCGCCCGGACCGGGAGACGACAUGUGGCGCUCGGGCGAGCACCUUGCAGAACAAGGAGUAGCUUGCUGGCUUUGAACGCGUGGCAGAUAUUUCGUAAAGCUUCAAGAUCAAGUUGGAGAAAGGAACAGUGAUUCUUCCAAGUUCAUCUACGCAGACUGGUAUUCUUAUCGGGAAUGGACAAUGGGAUGUUCUCUAGCUUUAUCAUGAUCAAAAACCUCCUGCUCUUUUGUAUUUCCAUGAACUUAGUCAGUCACUUUGGCUUGUCACAGAUGCCAACCAGUACAGUGAAAGAUGAGACCAACGACAAUAUCACGAUAUUCACCAGGAUCUUGGAUGGACUCCUGGAUGGCUAUGACAACCGGCUGCGGCCUGGGCUGGGAGAGCGAAUCACUCAGGUGAGGACGGACAUCUAUGUCACCAGCUUCGGCCCUGUGUCCGACACGGAAAUGGAAUACACCAUAGAUGUCUUUUUCCGCCAAAGCUGGAAAGAUGAGAGGCUGCGGUUUAAGGGGCCCAUGCAGCGCCUUCCUCUCAACAACCUUCUGGCCAGCAAAAUCUGGACGCCGGACACAUUCUUCCACAACGGGAAGAAGUCCAUCGCGCACAACAUGACGACGCCCAACAAGCUGCUGCGGCUGGAGGACGACGGCACGCUGCUCUACACCAUGCGCUUGACUAUCUCUGCCGAAUGCCCAAUGCAACUUGAGGACUUCCCGAUGGAUGCCCACGCUUGCCCUCUGAAAUUUGGCAGCUAUGCAUACCCUAAUUCCGAAGUCGUCUAUGUCUGGACCAAUGGCACCACCAAGUCGGUGGUGGUGGCUGAAGAUGGGUCCAGGCUGAACCAGUACCACCUGAUGGGGCAGACAGUGGGCACCGAGAACAUCAGCACCAGCACAGGUGAAUAUACAAUCAUGACAGCCCAUUUCCACCUGAAGAGGAAGAUCGGGUACUUCGUCAUCCAGACCUACCUUCCCUGCAUCAUGACAGUGAUCUUGUCACAGGUGUCCUUUUGGCUGAACCGAGAAUCCGUCCCAGCCAGAACCGUGUUCGGGGUGACCACUGUGCUGACCAUGACGACUCUCAGCAUCAGUGCCCGGAACUCUCUCCCCAAAGUGGCCUACGCCACUGCCAUGGACUGGUUCAUCGCCGUGUGCUACGCUUUUGUCUUCUCCGCCCUCAUCGAGUUUGCCACAGUCAACUACUUCACAAAACGAGGCUGGGCCUGGGAUGGCAAGAAAGCCCUGGAAGCUGCCAAGAUCAAGAAAAAGGAGCGGGAACUCAUACUAAAUAAGUCGACAAAUGUUUAUACUACUGGGAAGAUGACCCACCCCCCAAACAUCCCAAAGGAGCAGACCCCUGCAGGGACCUCAAAUGCAUCUUCAGUCUCAGUAAAACCUCCUGAAGAGAAGACUUCUGAAAACAAAAAGACUUACAACAGCAUCAGCAAGAUCGACAAAAUGUCCCGAAUUGUAUUCCCAGUCUUGUUCGGCACAUUCAACUUGGUUUACUGGGCAACAUAUUUGAAUAGGGAGCCAGUGAUUAAAGGAGCUUCCUCCCCAAAGUAACUCACCGCACUCCCAGACGCCAAGAGAGCCAUACGUCCAGGCAGGUGGCAUCAAGGCGAGGUCAAGCUCUGAGGGACUAAAGUACCUGGGAACUGUCUUUCAGGAAAUUUUUGCAUGUUCCAUAGUAUGUACAAAUAAUAUUGCCUCAAUGUUUCUAUAUAUAACGUCAGAUGUUUCAAAGAUGUCACAUUGAUAAAGCGAGGAACUUUCUAGAACAACCAGAGACGAUGGCUCUGACACUCAGAUGCUCAGUAUCUUCUACUGAUAGUUUACAAACAAGAUAAGUAUAUUUUUAACUGUUCCAAGUGUUACCUAACAAUGUUUUUUAUACUUCAAAUGUCAUUUCAUACAAAUUUUCCCAGCGAAUAAAUAUUUUAGGAAAUGCUCCAUGAUUACUACUUGACCAACUCUCACAAGAAACAAAGAUCACAAAGAGCACAUUUUUCAUUAAAAAGGAGACUGUGGGCAUUUAUGUACAAAAUUAAUUGCCUUUGAUAAUUCUUACUGUUCUGAAAUUAGAAAAGUACUGCAUGAUCUUACCUUAAAAAGUAGCAUAGGCAAAUAUUUAUGCAGACAAAUUGAAUAACAGAAAUAUAUGGUAUGUUAGAUUAACAGAUAAAAUAUUUCCCCAAGGAAAAAUUUAACUGCAUAAAAUUCUUUUUUUUUUUGAAAAAAAUACUUAUUUUUCCCCAUCCCUACUCCCUCCACUAAGCAAACAAUGACCAAGAAAAAAAAAAGUCGGUGUUAAAACUUGGGUGUGAUGACAGUGUUAGCACGUGGCCUGUGGUUCACCUUCUGAAACCCUGACCACCUCUGGCUGCAGCUGGCGUGUAGUGCUUCUGUGGUAAGAAAAUGUAAUCGAGUUAUUUUCCAUUUUAGUUCCUUGUACGUAUUUCAUGAUUGAAUUAUUGCUCUGUUAGCUUUUGUAUAUGAACCUUAAAUGUUCAUUAAAAAAUAAAAAAUGAACUGGUCU